AUGGAAGGGGCCAAGCUUCCUCAAGUCCGAAAGAAGUUGGAGAUGGCGUGCGUCAGGUUGACGCUGAGCGAGCAGGCCGAAGAAAAGUUCAAAGCAUUUUCGGAAGGGGUGCUGAAGUUCGGGAAGCCCGCGAUGUUGUGCCGCACGAUCGUUGCUACCGGAAAGACCGACGAAUCAGUUGGCCCCCAGACCGUACACCUGUGUCACCCGAUGUUUGCCAGCGUCCUUGCACGGAAGACCGACCUCAAGGCUGACGUCGUGUCCGAAGCGGAGAGGCCGAAAGCCGUGGUCGAGACCGAGACCGAGACCGACAGAGAGAACGAGCCCAAGCCUUGCAUCUUUGUGUACCUGCUGAGGUUGCAGAACGGAGAGACCGAUGAAAGCAUCAUCUCCUACGUCACCAAGAAUACAAAAAGGUCGAUGCGGCCGAAUGAGCUCGUCACUGUCACAGAAGACCGAGGGCGACCAAGCCAGACCGACGCCAAUGAGGCCGUUGUGUCGUACGUGCUUUGGCCGGUGCCCGAGAAGCUUCUGUCGUGUGUUUACUUCAAGACCGACGGUGCCUCCACCCGUGCCAGUGUUCGACGGUUCGGGAUUACCAUGGAGACCGUGGUCAGAGGAGACACAGGCACAGGGGCACAGCUGUCCCAUGUGCAGAACGAGGACAGCUGGUUCGGAGCCUACUGGAACCUCUCCGGUCCGAGGUCUUCGGUGAACGCAUUCUUGAGCGCCUGCCGACAUCACAAGGAUCAGCUGCUUGAGCUGACCGUAGCCGGGGACCAGUACGAGGACGUUAGAACGAUGGUCGAGGCUGCGCACGAUGCGAGGAGGUUGCGCUAUGAGAAGCAGCUCGACGACAGCAUCGAGGACCUCCAGAGAUUCCGCCGAGAGCACCAGGAGGAGGAGGAACGACGUCGGAAAGCACGAAAGACUCAGACUGAGUGA